AUCAAAUAAACUAUAACCAAGCCCCUUAUUAACACACCAAACAACACCCAAACCGUCGUGAACUUCCCUCAAAACGAUGUCGUCAGGAGUCUCCACCGGCGGCUCCGCCACCGUCGCCGCCCCGCAGCUCUACUUCUGCUACCAAUGUAACCGUACAGUCUCCAUCUCACCGUCACCUACCGCCGAACCAAUUUGCCCUAAUUGCAACGAAGGCUUCCUCGAAGAAUAUGAAAACCCUAACCCUAACCCCCCAAAUCCAUUCCUCGCAUUCGACGAUCCAUCGCCGUUCGCCUCCGGCUUCCCGCUCCUCUUCCCCACCUCCUCCCGCCACGGCGGCUCAACCGGCGAUUUUCAAAACCCUAGCGAUUUAUCGGCGUUGUUCGGUGGUCCGAUCUCUCGAACCGGAUCCGGUGGAGGUGUUCAGAACCAUGGAGAGUUUAAUCCGUUUGCAUUUCUUCAGAAUUAUCUUAAUACUUUACGUGCAGGUGGUGCGAACAUUCAAUUCGUUAUCGAAAACAGUUCGGAUGGUGAUGGGGCUGGUUUUCGUGUGCCGUCGAAUUUAGGUGAUUAUUUUAUUGGUCCUGGAUUGGAGCAGUUGAUCCAGCAGUUAGCUGAGAAUGAUCCGAAUCGAUACGGCACACCGCCUGCGGCGAAAUCAGUUGUCGAAAACCUUCCUAGUGUUAAGAUCAGUAAGGAGUUGAUGGAGUCGGAUUAUUCGGAUUGCGCGGUUUGUAAAGAUAGCUUCGAACUUGAUGAGGAUGUGAAGAAAUUGCCGUGUAAGCAUAUGUAUCAUCCGGAUUGUAUUAUUCCGUGGUUGGAGUUGCAUAAUUCGUGUCCGGUUUGUCGGUUUGAGUUGCCUACGGAUGAUCCUGAUUACGAGAACCGGGACAGACAGACUUCUACUGGUGGUGCUCAGGGUGAUCCUUUGACACCGGGUGAAAGGAGGUUUAGGAUAAACUUACCGUGGCCGUUUACGGGGUAUGGUACGUCGGCUGAGGCGAGUAAUAGUGGAUCAGGGAAUAACAACAGUUCAAGAGAUGGUGGUAAUCAGGGGAGUGGUGGUCAGGCUAGACAAGAAGAUCUUGAUUAAAGACAGGUCCGUGUGAAUCUGAUAUUUUAAAUGCUUGUUUUUUGUUUCGUGUUUUAUAUACUCUUAUCUGAUAUUAUGGUUGUGUAAGAAAGAAAUUUUGAUUUGAGUUGUCUCCUUUUGCUGGUUCUUUUUUCAUGUCA